UUUUUUUUACAAGCUUGACUACCAACUCUUGAUUUAAUUUUAAAACUAAGGUUAUUCUUUAAAUGGGAACACUUUUUUACUUUGUAUUGGUACUUAGAGUACACCAUUUCUUGGUCUGAAAAUUUAUGAGAUUCAUUUCAACAAUUUCAAGAGGUUUUUAUGAUAAUCUAUAUUGGAAUAACUUUUCUAAAGACACUCAAUGGUUUGUUAAUAAACAACGAAAAUGGUACCUCAAUAAGUUUACAGCCAACUUUCUCGAUAUCUCAAUCAAUUGCUAACUCAAUUAUCUACAAAAAUAAUUUGUCACAAGAAGCAACUAAGUCCUUAGGUACUACUAAAAAAGCUUUUUCAUAUUUUUUACACACUAAUUAUUUACCUACUUUAAACACGUCAAAAGUACUAAGCCCAAUUUCUUCAGUUUUACAGAUAAAUGUUAAUGAUAUAAAUUAUACAUCAAACAAUGUGUUAUUGAACUAUACUGCUGAUUUAUCAUCUGAUGAUACAUCAAACAAUGUAUUAUUGAACUAUACUGGUGAUUUACCAUCUGGUGAUACUUUAAACAAUGUGUUAUUAAACGAUCCUGGUGAUGCAUCAUCUGGUGAUACAUCAAACAAUGUGUUAUUGAACGAUACAAGCUAUUACCAAAAUUCAAUUAAAAAGAUGAUGACCGUAAAUGUCAAACUUGAUACUAACUUAUUAAAAUCUGUAAAUAAAUCUCAUUCUCAAGUUUCCAACUCUACUUUUAUGUUAUUACUUAAUACAAAUAGAGCGAGUAGCAACUAUAUUUUAGAUAGCAGUAUAUUUACUUUGAACACUCAAUUGUCGUUGAAAGUUCCAAUUACAGUAGUAUUGCCAUCAUUAAUACAACCGUCAGUUCAAUUUAAGACAUUAGCAUCAAAAAACGUUGCAAUCAUCAAUAAAAACUGGAACUUAAAUGAAAGAUUUAUUAUAUGUCAAGAACAAGAAAAUCUCUGUUUAAACAAAGGAGUAUGUUAUAAGUCAUCAACCAAUAAAUUUUGCAAGUGCACUGGAAAUUAUUUUGGCUCACUCUGCGAAAACAAACCAUGGAGCGUUAUGGACAAUGCCAAUAUUUGGUUAGGAACCGUUUGUGGGGGAUUACUUCUUCUUUUGAUUAUUACUACAUUAUUUGUAUAUAAGAAACUAAGUAAAGCAGGUAAAAAUAAGAAAAAAAUGGAAAAUGAGCUUCGAUCACUAAAAAUUCAACAUGUUAAAUUGAUUGCUGAGCUUAAAGUUGGAAGGAAGCGAUUUUCAUCAAGUGAAUAUAGCUUUCAUUCAAUUGAUUAUAAUGUGCCUCGACCAUACAAACAGAGUUUAUCAGACACAAGCAAAAGUUUGGAAAUCUUAACCAAUGUGGAAAUAAGCCCAUUGUCAAAAGACUUUCCGAAAAACAAAAGUAACGAAAGUAUUUUUAUUGAUAACACAAGAUCGAAAAGCAAUGAAGAAAUGAGUACUGGAGACAUCUCGAUGAACAAACAAAUAUCAGAGUUUACUAUAAACAAAAAGCGAAAAGGAAUUUGGGCUCAGGAACAAGAGAGAAAAAAAGAUUUUAACUUUUAUUAGUUUUUAUUGAUUUUGAUAAUGCAUUCAAAAUUACCGCUUGUUGUUAUGAUGUUUUGCCUCCUUUUAACUUUAAAAAUUUCAACAAAACAAUCCUACUUUUAAA